AAAAGCAAGAACAUCCGAAAAUGUUAUCAGUCCAAUCGACUUCGUUCUUUGUAUCUGUGAAUUAGAACUAAAAAUGAAAAGUGGUAUCGUCGUACUCAUUGUUUUAGUGGCAAUUGCCAUGGCCAAACCAAUUAAAAAAACCUCUGAAGCCACAGUUGAGGUCGAUUACGAUUAUAACUACGACCGAGACACACAUUAUAACUUGGAUUAUGAUGAGUACGGGUUAAAUGAUGACGUGGUUGUAUACAACGUAGAGGAUUUCGAUGCGUACGAAUUGGCUCCACAAUACGAAAUUGUCAGAGAAACCGACAUAGAAAUUGAUUACACACUGGAAGCUGACAGAAACCGGAACUCUGAAACGACUAUUCGAACGUAAAGUGAAAAAAGGAUCAAGGAAAUUGCCGUUUUUCUGUUGCCGAAUCAGCAUAAACGAAUUACAAUCU